UAAAAAGUGCUUUACAACUUUGAUCGGUACCAGAGAUUUAACAGCUAGACAAUGGGAGCAAGCAACACUCCCCAUACGUCUUGGUGGGUUCGGAAUGACACUGUUGCAAACUGUCUCCCAUUUUGCCUUUUUAUCCAGCUGGGGUCAUUCCCUGCAGGAGUUACCGAACCGGUUCUCUUCCCUGGCAGAUCAUGUCAGGACUCUUUUAUCAAAUUGCAAGGAGAAGAGAAGCAUUGGUUAUCAAUUGGAUCAACUAUUGGAUGAUGACAAGGAUCUGUCAGAGGUGGUAUCUAACACAAAGAAACUCCACAGAUUGACAGAUACUAACAACCAGAUUACAGUUAAUGCUUUGAUUGACAGUUCAUCUCAAAAAGACGCUGCACGUCUGCUGUCUCUGCAGGGAAAGGGAGCUGGGGCUUGGCUCAGUGCUGUACCUUCCUCAAAGAAGUUUGCGCUAUCACGCAAUAAUUUUAUUUCAGCAGCUUCAAUGAGGUUAGGGAUUCCUGUCUCCUUUCCUGAGUGGGUCAACAAGUGCGAUUGUGGUCGAACUUUAGAUAUAAAGGGCUCUGACGCAGAUAGAAUCCACCUCCUAACAUGCAAGAACGGUGGUGGCCCUGUGUGGACCCACGAUUCGAUGAUGUCAGUAUGGUCCGAGUGCCUGAGUUCAGUUCAUCUGCCCCACAAGUGUGAGCCUAGGGACCGCUACACACAUUCAAACAAUCGGCCUGACAUCCUAGUUUAUGACUUGGAGACAGGAUCUAACGUUGAGUUAGACGUGGCACUAGCUCACCCAUGGGCAUCAGACAUCUUACCUCGUGCAGCUACAACUGGGGGAAGCGCGGCAAUGAGAAGGGAGCAAAUCAAGGAAAACAAGUACGCCCAGGAACGACUACCUGGUGGAUAAUCGCCAACUGUCGUGCCUCUUGUAUUCGAACAUUUUGGCCGUUGGGGGAGAAAGCGUCUGAGUACUCGAGGGUCCUCUCUGCUUUGUGGAGGGAUGACAAUGGACGAUCUAACAUUGCUGAGUUCAAGACACACUGGAGACGACGAUUUUCGAUCAAGCUGCAGCAAUGCAAUGCAAAUGUGAUCUCUAGGAAGAUGGCAGUAAUUUCACCUGGACAAAAAUCUGCAGUGUCCUUGACGAAUAUCAAUUUGUUUUAAACUAAGUGGUUAAAUGUAUUCUGCUCCCCCUAUGGGGUCAUCUGUUGUAGCCUUAAGUGUUUGUUGUUGAUUUAGAGGAACUUUACUUAGAGACUAGCUUUUAAGCUCUUGAUGGAAAUUUCUUUGGAUUUGAAAAAUAUAUGUAUUUGACAGACAGACAGACAGAGAUACAGACAUCCUCCGCAAGCUGACACGUGUCUUCCCUGGUGAAGUAGAUGAGGACAUACACAAUAGAGACUAUCAAAGUAGUUUGCAUUAAACUAAAGCUGAACUCAGAUUGAUUGUAUUUAUUGCUAGAAAUGUAACGUAGAGUUUGUGUUUCAAUAAAUGAAAUUGACAGAGAGAUAGAUAGCUAUUCAGACAGACAGACAGACAGACAGAUAGACAGACGGCCGGAAGGAGACAGCUGUGCACAUGAGGUUCCUGGACUUCUACUGGGAAGAGCUAAUUCAGCUAAGUAGACCAGAAUUACUACCGCAUCCAGGAUCUACUAAAGUUGACCAGAAAUGAAGGUAGCUCUAA